CUUGGAGAAACCCCUUGUAUAAAUAAAUGAGGUUCUUAUUCAUUUGCUUAAGACAAACUCUCUUAUGUUAUAGAUCAUAUAUAGUACACUAGUUUCUAGGUGUUCUAAUUUAAGCUGUAGAAAUGGUUGAUAGUCCCAUAAAAUUCUUGACACUUCUUGCGCUCGUUUGUUGUAUUGUUGUUCCGCUGGUCGAAGCAAGAGUCCGGCUGUACAAAUGGGAGGUGAAGUAUGAGUUCAAGUCCCCGGACUGCUACAAGAAACUUGUUAUUACUAUCAACGGCAGAACACCCGGUCCAAGCAUCGUUGCGCAACAGGGGGACACCAUCGUCGUGGAGCUCAAGAACAGCUUGCUCACUGAAAAUGUUGCUAUCCACUGGCAUGGGAUUAGACAGAUUGGAACACCUUGGAUGGAUGGAACAGAAGGGGUGACUCAGUGCCCAAUUCUGCCUGGUGAAACUUUUGUGUACAGAUUUGUAGUGGACAGACCUGGGACAUAUUUGUAUCAUGCACAUUAUGGUAUGCAAAGAGAAGCUGGUUCCUGAUGGAGAAACAGAGCCGUUCUCAUAUGACUACGACAGAAGCAUAAUCCUCAACGAUUGGUACCAUAACAGCACGUAUGAACAAGCUGCCGGCCUCUCCUCAAUUCCCUUCGUGUGGGUUGGAGAACCUCAGUCGAUUUUGAUACAUGGGAGAGGGAGAUUUAAUUGUAAUACACCGGGGAUCGAGGCUGGGUUAUGCAAUGCAACAAGCCCAGAAUGUGUACCUUAUGCAUUAACAGUUGUACCAGGCAAGACGUACCGUCUUCGGAUUGGAAGCUUGACCGCUCUAUCAGCGCUGAGCUUUGAGAUUGAAGGCCAUAACAUGACAGUGGUUGAAACUGAUGGUCACUAUGUGGAGCCAUUUGUGGUGAAAAAUCUCUUCAUUUACUCUGGAGAGACUUACUCUGUUCUAAUCAAGGCCGAUCAAGAUCCUUCAAGAAACUAUUGGGCUAGCGCUAAAGUUGUUAGCCGAAAUAGUACAACCCCUAAUGGCCUAGCCAUCUUCAAUUACUACCCUAAUCACCCUAGAAGAAACCCUCCGACGCCUCCUCCAGUUGGACCACGUUGGGAUGAUGUUGGGCCAAGAUUGUCCCAAAGUUUAGCCAUUAAGGCCCAUCAUGGCUACAUCCACCCACCCCCUCAGACAUCCGACCGUGUCAUCGUCAUGCUCAACACGCAAAACCGAGUAAACGGCAACGUUCGUUGGUCUGUCAACAACGUCUCCUUCAACCUCCCCCACACGCCUUACUUGAUCGCCUACAAGCACAAUUUGUUGCACGCUUUUGAGCAAACACCACCUCCCGAUGGCUACGACUACGCAAACUACGACAUCUUUAGCGUUGCAAAAAAUGUGAACGCCACCACUAGCAACGGCGUGUAUAGAUUGCGAUUCAACACGACGGUCGAUAUUAUUUUGCAGAACGCAAAUACCAUGAACCCAAAUAACAGCGAGACGCACCCAUGGCAUCUACACGGGCACGAUUUCUGGGUCGUGGGCCAUGGAACGGGCAAGUUUGACAAGUUCAAUGAUCCAAAGAAGUACAAUUUGGUGGAUCCAAUUAUGAAGAACACUGUGGCUGUUCAUCCAUAUGGGUGGACUGCAUUGAGAUUCCGGGCUGAUAAUCCGGGUGUUUGGGCUUUCCACUGCCAUAUAGAGUCCCAUUUCUAUAUGGGUAUGGGUGUGGUUUUUGAAGAAGGGGUUGAAAGAGUGGGAAAAUUGCCCACAUCUAUAAUGGGAUGUGGUGAUUCUAAAGGAUACCACAGGCCUUAGAAAUUUUUUUUUUUUUUUCGCUCUUAUUUGUUUUUGUUUUAUUUCAAUUCUUUGAAAAUUGUUAGUUGUAAAUAGUUUCAAGAAAGGGUGCAAAAGGCCCAUAAAUCAUGUCAUCAUAUGGGUUUUUGAGAUAAGUCAUUAAGAAAUAGGAGGUAUAAUCGCGAUUUUGGCUUCAAACACAGCUAUUUAUGCGUUUUAGUUCUCAAA